AUGGCAUCACAAACAUAUAGCUCGUCAGUUCGAGCUGGCGCCAAGCCAUCAAAUCAACCUGCAUCCCCUAACUUCGCCGACCCGAACUUUGAUCCAGCCGACUUCCUCAAUGACACUCUAUCGCCGUUGACUGUGGCAUCAUCACAACCUAAUGCCUCUCGGGCCCCAGGAUCUGUGCCCUUGACAGAGCUGUCCACGCAGGUCCAAUCCCUCCUCUCCCAAAUCAGCGCCCAAAAUCUCCGUCUAUCGAGCACAUUAUCCCAACUCACCGACGAAAUCCUCAGAAGUGGUGGACGACUAGCCUACGAAGUCGAGGUUCUACGAGGCGAAACAAUUGGGUUAUCCGAAACCCUGACCGAAGUUCUCCGCGAUGACAUAGCAAAGUUCGUUCCGGAACGCUCACCAGAAGACAGGCGCAAGACCGAAGCCGAAGAGGACGCGCCAAAGGAAGACGAGUCAGCCGCAAGCCCAGACGAAAAGAACACACCGGCCCCGACAGACCCAGAAUACAUAACAAACCUCCGCACACUAAGCCAAGUGCGAUCACGCCUAGAAGACGUUGUACAGACCUUCGGCGACGCAAUGAGCUGGCCACUGCCGCCAUCCGAGAUCUCAUUCUCAUCAUCCUUCAUCUCCGUCUCAGGACCGGACCUCGGUCCCGAAGGGCAAGACCGCGAAGAAAAAGGCCAAGAAAUUAUGAAGAAGUUCCGUGCAGAAGUGACGGAUCUACUCGACAGCGAGGGGGGAGGGUACGCCGGAGUGGACGCUGCCAACCGCCGCGUUGAAGCUCUACGUACGCUGGCGACUGUGUGGAAUACAUCUGCCGAGGAAAAAGCCCGUAAUCGGUUCGUGGAUAGCCUGGCGAAUAUUGUGGAAGAUCGACGGCGCGCCUUGGACCAGGAUCAGAACCGAGGACAGUCCAAGUCCAGGUCUGAGGCUCGGCGGGAUAGCGACAGUGGAGCACCGGCCGGAGGUCUUUUCCGGAAUUUGCAGCGCCUGAGAGAGGAGAUUUACCUGGAAUGA